AUGGAUGGAGACCCUGCGAGAACCCCUAAAGAGGAUCUGAAAAGAGCGUCACCGCACAAGAACUUUGAUAAAAAGACUGGGUCAACAAGGAGGCCAAAUCAAGAAGAUACGACGGUUUUAAGUGGCAAACCGGGCAAAAAACAUGGAUCUGGUAAAAAAUCCGUAAAAACAACGGUAGCACGUCACAAAUUGAUUAUAAGACUUUUACCACCGAAUUUGACGCAACAGGAGUUUCUAGAAUGUAUUUCUAGUGUGGUGGAGGACGGGUUUUUGUCCAGAAAUGUCGAAGAUCAAUACUACAUGCAAGGCCAUUACUCGAAGAAACCGUUUAAACAACCCGUUUAUUCAAGAGCAUAUUUCACGUUUUACGGGAACGAGCAAUUAGAAGGUUUCGCGAGAAAAGUGGCCAAUGUCAAGUUCGUGGACGAUACGGACAAUGCAAUGGUACCGACGUUCACCGUCAGUGCAUUCGUUAAAAAAAUGAGAACAGAAGAGACCAAAGCAAUACAGAAGGCCAACGCCAAGCUCGAGGGUACUAUCAGGCAGGAUAAGGUGUUCCAACAGUUUUUGAAUUCUGUGAAAUUCAUUGAGACAAACGCCAACGAGUUUCAAUACUCAGAUUUGAGUAUAAUCAGUCCAAUUGCGAAAGUCGUUGAGCGUAGGAGGAAAGAACAGCAGAGGAUCCGGGAACAAGGUGAAAAAGCGAUUACAGAGCUUGCAGGAGAUAUGCAGAAGGAUAGGAAAGUGAAGAAAAAGAAGAACAAAGCGACGAAUGAGAAAAAGGAGAAGGGGAAGAAAAAAGACUCGAAGGAUCCAGAACCCACGGCACCUCGGAGGAGAUCCAAGAAACAGAAAAAGGGUUCUGGCGCUGAACCGCAGGACAAAAAUAACAUGGUGAUCAUCGAAGCGGCCGGGAUGCGAGAAUUGCAGAGGCGUGAACGGCUCAAGAAGAAAGCUCAGAAGAAAAUUGCGCUGCAAGCGGGUGACCCCUCGCAGAAGGCUGUCGAGUCCGUGACAACCCCGAAGAAACAACGUUCAAAAGAGUCGAAAAAGGCUAAAGCGGCAAAAUCCAAGAAACGAGAUGAGCAAUCUGGCAAGCCCCAAAUUCUACAAAAGGACAACGAUCAAGGUGAUUCAAAUGUCGGUUAA